AUGUUCCGUCGCAAAAGAGCCUCUGCGCAUGCGCCCAUAAAUUCCAAUCCGUCUCCCUCCGCCCAAACAGCCGCUGUUCAGGCAUUUAGAGCUUCCCAGGCCAAUGCCAACAUAUCUACAGCCGCUGCGGCAACAGCCCUUCGCAGACAUACCCCUACCCCUACCUCCGUUGAAAACGUCCAGACGAAACGUAUGCUAGAGAGGCAAUUGUCCACAGGUAGCGGGAAAGGAAAAGGAAAAGCGGCUCUCCCUCAUUCUCAAAAUGGACGGAUACAUCGGGUAAGUAGUUUUGGUUCGAUGACAACCCGAACUUUUCGAGAGCAACCCCCCGCUCGUGCGGCUUCCGUCACUGGAUCUUCCUCGAUAGAGAUAACCCCUGUGCCGCCACUCCCUGAGCACCACACACCGCAUCGACGAACCGUCAGCCUGGAUACUUUCUAUAGAGCGAUCCAUCCUCCUGAUAGAACAGGCCAAGGCGGCGGAACAAGCCCCAGAUGGUCGCCAAUCUCACCUAACCGUAGCUCCCCUCGAGCAUCUCGAGCUUUAAAUAGUCUUCCGGAACUGGAACGGAAAGGCAGCAGGAGCUCGAUUAACUUUUCCUAUCCAACACAUGCGCGCCCUAACUCUCCACUGCAAUCGCCGACAAAAAUGUUUGUCGCGAAAUCUCCAAGCCCUGAUGUUGGAAGAUAUCCAGAGGAGAGGCCUGUUCAAAACCACAACGUUCCUCGAACAUCCGAAAUUACACCUCCUGCUCUAAUGGAUGCGAAGGAAAUUCAAUCUUAUAGAGAUCUGCUGACGGGUGAUACUCUAUGUGGCGAAUCGGAAUGGAAGUCGCCUUUGAGUGGAUCUGCCUAUGCGAUUGCUGAAAGGGAGACGGUCGAUUCUCCUCAAGAACAAGAUAUUGAUCUGACACAGCAACCUCAUCCUACGGACUUAAGUUCACAAUUGGAUGGAGCCGAUCCAGAUCGUCAUCCUUCACCCAAAUUAGCCCUCCUGAAAGUGCGAACCCUUGCACAGAAUGAAGAUCGAGAACUUCAAAUGGUGGAAGAAGGCACUGAGAUAAACCAUAUAGUAGUAGAUGACCCCAGAGGGUGUGAUCUGGAUACAUCUACGAAAAACGCAGAGUUACCCAAAAAGCAAGCGCUUGAUCGUUCUAUAGUUGGUAACAAUGGCGACAAGGGGCUUUUGUCAGCUUUGCCCGCGAUCAAUACAUCGCUAUCACCAGGUAUUAGCACUGUACAAUAUAGUCCUUCAACGACGCCAUUGCAGAACAUCUCGCAUGACAUCGUGAGCUCCAGUGUCCCAAUUCCUAACGGUGAAAGACUCCAUUCACUUAGCCCCAACCGCAUCACACGCUUCUCCUCCCACCUUACUGUUCCGAUUACAGGGGAGAAGCUCCACGACCCACCUCCACGCUCUAUGUCCCAUGCAAAAUCAGCGUUAAAACAUCCAAGUUCUCCAACAAGUCCGGGCGGCCAUGCGAUCAAUCAAUCCAAGUCAACUAGGGCACUCAGUGAUUCUUCAGAUGGUGCUUCGACACAAUCCGAUGAUGGUCGAAGGGCGGAGGUCAAAAAUAGAGUCCCUAGAGUCAGCUUCGAAGAUGAACCCGAGGUAGUGGGGACAGCUGCCACGCCGCCAAUAUCUCCAGAGCUACACUUUUCCGCAAGCCCCCAGUGGAAGCUGGGAUCAAAAUAUGCACGCUUCAUAAAGAACGGUAACCGCCUUUAUGUGAAUAAUGGGGAUGGUGAGGACGUGUUCGAUGAAGUCAUGAAACCUCGGCCGCCGCUCCCUUCGUUUGACAGCGUGAGGGGAAGAAGAAGGUUCCAAGUCGAGGAUCAUGAUGAGCGACAGCUCCAUGGCUUUCCUCCUCCGAGCACACUCCCGGGUUCUAGUGAGAGUGGAUUUCGUGGAAUGCUAAACCAGAGUCAGAGCAAACAUACCCGUCCCCACGACACUAUCUCUCUUACUCCUGGUGAUCCAAUACCCCCCGAGGUCACAUCAGUUGAAGGGACAGGUUAUGAUUCCAUAUCUGAACAUAGCUCAUCUAGUGAUGAUUUGACGAAUCUUGACGAAUCUGCUUCGCAAGGUGAUGACCUUUCUGGUUUAGCUACUGUGGAGGCACAGCCACGCCCCAGCAAUCCUAAGGAGACUCAGCUUGACACUGUUGGAAACCCUAGCCAGAGCGAAAACGUUCCCGUCAUUUCAGUUCAGCUAGCUACACCAGCUGCUCCUACCGAUGAAAAGAGUAGCAACGAGUGGGGGAGGAUACCGGGAGAGUUUCCUCCCUCAUCACCUCCAGGGGAAGACGAAACACCUGAUCAACCCAUGGACGAUACGCAACAACGCCCCGUUAACCCAGACUCUGGCACUUCUUCCAACACAUUUUCAAUUCAAUCCGUGGAUGAUGAUGAUGAUGAUGAUGAAUCUGACGAUUCCGGCGAGAGUGUUUAUAGUGAUGCCGCUGAAAAUUUGGCAGAGAUUGAAGGCGAUGUUUUCGGCUCCAUAGAUGCAAUCGUUGAUAGUCCCAUCUCUCAUGUUUCCAGCCAUUCUCAUGCUACCCCGCCCGACAGCCCUGCUCGUUCGAAGACGGAUAAAAAGAGGCCACCAGAGUUGCCCCUACAACACGCUGAUCCCCGCAAUUCUUCUUCUUCAGGAACCGUAAAUAUAAGCUCCCCUUUACCAGUUGUCAAGGAGGAGGCUUCGAAUUUGACAGUCUCCAGUGGAAAUACGAGGGAAAUAGAAGGUAGUAAUGACCUGCGCAAUCCUGAAAGCCAGCGGAUGCUCUCUCCCAGUCAGGAACCCGUUUGGGCAGCUUUUGCUGGUACGACCGCCUCGUCAUUAAACUCGAAACCGGCACAAUCACGAUUGGAUCACAUCACAUGCAAUGGGCAACACACCCAUACUUCAGAGGAGAGUAACUAUGUUACCAGCAAGCAAAAGGGGACAAAAUUACGACCCCCUAAAGAAAAUCCAGAAGGUCCGACAACCUACCGCAAACAGGAGACCUCUACUCGGACACCUAAAGGUCCUUCUGCAAACAAACUCUAUAUAAAUGGCCAUGUUCAUCCAUCUGGUGUAGAGGAAAAUUGGGAUUUUGGAUUCACCUCAAAACAUCAUACUCAAGCUCACGCAUAUGAUAGCGAUUCCUCCAGCAGCUUCAAGGGCGCCAAGAGUCCGCCACAGAGCACUACGCAUUAUUUUUUGAGACGCACGAUGAGAAACACUGACAACAGGCCACAAUCGUUGGGCAGGUAUCCUGCUGCUGUUGGACGACGAUCAACGACGCCUCCUGACCAGGGGAGUUCGUUUUCUUCGGAUCGCAACGCCCAAAUGCGAAAAACGUUACGUGACCCAAGAAGCGGGUUCCAUACGAAAGCAUCGUCGUUUUCUGGCUUUGGAAAACACUCGAAAGUCAAGGGUACCGCAACUGGAUUGAGCCCCCAAGCAGGGAAGAAGCUGAAGUCUCGCUUUGGUCAUCCGAGCGAUGACGAGGUCGGCUUGAGAUAUUCAUUCCGUAGCCGUUAUGACGACUCGAGCGACGAUGAGGUAGUCCCUAUGAAAUUCAGUCCAGUUCGCGGUAUCCCUAAACUAAGGGGUAAGGUUGAUGGAGAUUCUACGGAUCUCGACGAUAGCUCGGACAAUGAGAUUCCUCAAAAGGUCUUGAGACGACCUUGCUCCCAACAUCCGUCAAUAAUUCGAAGCACCCCGAUAACUAAACCAGUAUCUGCGUCUGAGGCUAAUGCGGACGGCGCUACAACCGCAGACGCUACCAACCGGUCAACUGAUGAUGUGCCCAAAGGGCCUGGGGGGCUUUUCUCCCAGCUUCCGAAAAGGCAACGGGGUAUUUUUAGUAGACUAAGUAUCUCAGUUCAUAAAAGCGGGGGUGAUAAUAGAAUCCGAAAGUCCGAACUCGAUAGUGCGGCAAGGCGUGAUACUCCGCUGGAGCGUUCACCCAUGGAACUCCGACGGAAUAGAAGCUCAACGACCACGAACCACGGCGGCGACAAACCUCCCCAAUCCGGUUUUGCAACAGGCACAUCUGAAAGAUAUGCUGAAGCUACAACCGAAAAGCAAACCGACAUCCAAAAAUCCUCUGAUAUCCUGGAAUCCAGUUCAUGGCCAUUUCGAUCUCAUCACGGAAGCAACACCGUACCAGUAGGUGCUUCCGCUCCUCCACAUAUUCCUGAAAACAGCAAGCCUGACCAAGAACGGCCAUAUACCUCCGAUGGCAUGGCGAAAAGGAACGGGAGCAUCAAUUGCAGCGCUUCAAUUGCUGGAGCAGUCAUUGGAUCAACACAUGGAUCAACUGAGUCUUCUAACUGGGCAUCAUGUUUCCGUCCACGGAUGCAAACACGUCGGGGAACGGACAGCACUGUCGGCCAGAAACUCCCCAGUUCUUCGAUACAAUCAGAUGUAAGCUCGUCAGUUCUUGGCUCGGGUGAGAAGAAGAAGAAAAAGCUCUUACUUCUCAGAAAAGCGCUGGGAAUGAGCAAGUGA